CCGCUCCGCCGCCCGCCCAGUGUACACAGCACAGUGCUCUAAGGAGGGUGCGUAUCGCGAGACACUAUAAGCUUUUGCCUCACAGGUCAGACCCGAAGUAACGUCGAGUGACAAGUCAAGUGGUGGUUGAUCAGGGAGGUUGUGCUCACGGGAGAAAGAGAGAGAGAGAGGGCGCGCUCUGUUCAUGGAUUACUAUCUUCGUCCUCCGAGUGUUUACUAAAAUUAAUCGUGACGCAGCCCCGAGUGUUUCAGUGGAUUUGUUUCAGAAUUGGGAAAGUGUUUUUCAGUGAUCAUGACAGACCGGCCUUCAUAAGCCAGGUAUCUAUCUAUCUAUCUAUCUGUGGUGGUUGCCCGAGGGAUCGCCGUCGUCGUCCUUUGCAUUAUAUUCGCAGGAGAACCAAAGGGCUCCACCCUUGGACAAGGGUGGUUGUAAAUGCUUUUGAAAGACCCCUUCAGCCACGAUAGGAUGGCCCUAGUUGUGCCCCCCGGGGCCACGUGGCGUGAUCCCCCUGUGUCUUUGCCGCCUACCACAGGGGAAGAUGUCACCCGCGAAUUGGGUGCCAGUGUCACACCGCAGCCCAAUGCCCCACAGACGCCCACGCCGAACUCCACGGCAGGCAGUGCCCCGUCCUCUGCCCCAAGCCCCACAGGCGACGAUAAGAAUGCCCAAAAUAUGACAUGCGUUGUGUGUGGGGACAAGAGCUCGGGAAAGCACUACGGCCAGUUCACGUGCGAAGGAUGCAAAAGCUUCUUCAAGAGGUCAGUCCGGCGGAACCUGCAGUACUCGUGCAGAGGCAACCGAAAUUGCCCGAUCGACCAACACCAUCGGAACCAGUGCCAGUAUUGCAGGCUCAGGAAAUGCUUCAAGGUUGGCAUGCGCAGGGAAGAAAAUAAAAAUGGUGAGCGCUUCCUUCUUCUCAGCAGCACAAACUUCCUCCAUGGCAGCCUUCAGGCCAAGCAAGCUGUCCAGCGUGGCCGCGUGCCCCCAACGCAAGGCAUGGGAAUGCCCGGUCAGUUCAUCGCCAACGGGGACGCCCUUAACGGGCACACGUACCUAUCGUCGUACAUCUCCCUUCUGCUGCGGGCUGAGCCCUUCCCGACGUCGCCCUACGGCCAGUGCAUGAACACCAACAACAUCAUGGGCGUGGAUAAUAUUUGCGAGUUGGCGUCUCGACUCCUCUUUUCGGCCGUCGGGUGGGCCAAGAACAUCCCCUUCUUUCCGGAGCUGCAGGUGACGGACCAGGUGGCGCUCUUGCGGCUCGUUUGGUCUGAACUUUUCGUCUUGAACGCCUCCCAGUGCUCCAUGCCCCUCCACGUCGCGCCCCUACUCGCCGCCGCCGGCCUCCACGCCUCUCCGAUGGCGGCCGACAGAGUAGUGGCCUUCAUGGACCAUAUCCGAAUCUUCCAAGAGCAGGUGGAGAAGUUGAAGGCUCUUCACGUCGACUCCGCCGAAUAUUCCUGCCUCAAGGCCAUCGUCCUCUUCACCUCAGAUGCGUGCGGCCUGAGCGACCUCGCUCACAUAGAGGGACUGCAGGAGAAGUCGCAGUGUGCGCUGGAGGAGUACUGCAGGACCCAGUACCCCAACCAACCGACCAGGUUCGGAAAGCUGCUUCUGCGCCUGCCGUCGCUGCGCACCGUCUCCUCCUCCGUCAUCGAGCAGCUCUUCUUCGUCAGACUCGUUGGGAAGACGCCGAUAGAGACUCUUAUCAGGGACAUGUUGCUGUCUGGGUCUACCUUUAACUGGCCCUACAUGGGCAGCAUGUGACAGGCGGCUAUGGGCGCGAAUCCCUCCCUAACCGCAGGGAACGUGCCCACCACAGGGGCCUCACACGUCCUCACUUCCGCCGCCCAUACCCUCUCUUCACCUGGUCACGCCCUCUCGAACGUCGGGCACGGGCAGUCCCCUGCGCAUAAUCACACUCCGCCUGUCACCUCUUUCCAGAUGCCGACGCUGAGCGGCGCAUUCCGGUGAUGAACCGCACAAUCAACGCCCUCCAUGACCAACCACCCACCCCCACCGCCCACAUCACCACAACCACCCAUCACACUACGCACCCCUACACAUAGUGCCAGAGCUCACCUUAUCCCCACAACGAUGCGUGGCAAGAGCGCGGCGGUGCCUUCGUCAGCAGCGUCGUCGUCGUCGUCGUCGUCAGGGUUCCUCCCAGCCAUACUACACGAGCAUCAGCGCAGCGAGAGUAUGGACGGCGUGGCAGGACUACCCCGGCUGUGGGAUACCUGGAGGAUGAGGAGGCCUCAAGUGGAGCCAGGCUAAAGAGAGAGACAUUCGGCCAACGGGUCCUCUGCGGGAGCUCACACCAGUAGAAAUCUUUUCAUUAGUAAUAAUAAAGAUGAUGAUGACGAUGAUGAUGAGUAUGAUAACUAGUGGUGACACACUGACACCCGAGACUACUACGUACAUCCUUUGUCAUACGUAACCUUUCAAAGAAAACGGAUGACAGUGCUGGUGAAACUGUGGGGGAACUGAUGACUUUAUAUGGUAGGUGAUAAAAUGCAAGAUUCAAACAGACUGGACGGUACACCAGAGAGUUUAAUAUAUAAAGAAGUAUUUGUGUUUAAGACAGGUGAUAGGUGACGUUGCACCAAAUAGAAGGAAACGGGAAAUAUCCGUUGCCAAGAGAGAGACGAUCUGGCAGUAUCUAGAUUGCUUGGAAAGUACUUCAAAAGAAACACAGGAAGAGAGAAGCUGACGGAAAUUGGAUUGGAGAAUGACUCUUUCAAAGUCUCGACUGCCUCGAGGAAAACGAAGACGUCAAGAGAAGAUGAUGAGUAGUAACAAUUCAUCUGCCGUGGAGGGAUGUUGACACAGCGCCAGUGAUGACACUUUAUAAACGUGUGUGUACAGAAGUAAUACAUUUUUCGCUACCUGUUCUUGUAUAUGUGAUAACUAUAGACCCCGGGGUGCAACCACCACUCCAAAAGGCUGUAGUUGUAGCCGUGUAUAUUUUGUAUAUAUUAGCCUGUAAGUUUUUUACUCGGGUUGGGGCGGCUGGGUGGUGGCGGCGCCCCCCACUUGUACAGAAAACAAAUGGAGAAGAAGAAGCAGUCUUGAGAUCUGCUUGCAGUGUGCCCACACUUCAACCCCCCCAGUAGGCUGACCCUCUUUUCCUCGUGCCACGCCCAAACUCAUGUUGCAAUUUCCACCAAAUUUACUGAGACCCGCCGAUUAUGUUCGCCCAUAUUUUUUUGUUUGUUUGUUUGUUCCGUUUGUGCCCUUUUUCAAUGGAAUGUCAGUCGAAGAGAUUUGAGAAGGCUCGCCUCCGACACUGCUGGUUGUGAGUGGCGUGGAUGAGGACAGGGGGGAGGCGGGGAGUGAGUGAGCUUCGGGCCCAGAAAGGAUUCUAGCCUAUUGUCCCGGUUUGAGAGAGAGAGAGAGAGAGAGAGAGAGAGAGGACGAGAGAGAGAGAGAGAGAGAGAGAGAGAGAGAGAGACGUCUGCCCCCUUCCUGUUUCGCGGAGUGUGGGACUGUCGCUUAUUUUUAAAAUGACCAACCCAUCAUUAUCUUGAGAAACCCAGAUCAUUAUUUUUGUUCAUUAUUCUUUUCUAAAAUGAAUCCAUUGACGCUUCAUGAUACGUAGUAUCUGUAUAGAACCUUAUAAUACAUAUUAUACAAAUUGCUAUAAAUUCUAUGACGACGACAUAUCGAGAAUCAAAAAAAAAAAAGUAAGGAAAUGAUAAUGAGCUGUGGACAGCCUCAAUUCGCACAGCACAGCAUUGGGCAGAAUAGCUGCCGACCAGUUCAGUUCACCUGCUGUGUGAAGGUGGUUCCGGUUGUUUUCCAAAGAAGAUCCUACAACAAUAUCCUUCGGUCAAGUCUUAACCUACCCGAUUCCUUCAAAAUAUCUCCGUGUUUUUCUGACGCGUACAAACUCUGGAGUUCCAUCACUCAUCAUUAAACAAAGUAACCAGUGGAUCUUUUCAUUGAAAUUAAAUCACGAACUAACUGAGAAAUAAUUGUACUUAACAAAUUGCAAAGAAAAGACAUUCUCUUUCCCUUUCAAUUCAUUUUCCAAGGAAAUUCCACUUUUGUAUAUAAUGCAAUGACAGAGUUGGUGUAUGGUCAGGCAAUAUCAAUUUGUGGGAUGCAGGUAGUCCAAAACAUUCAGUUGAAAUCCUGUAGAAGAUUGAGGUCUGAAAGUAAUAACACGCAGUCACGGUGCAUUCGCCCAGGCCUCCUCCCCCUCCUCAUCCUCCCCCCUCCCUCCAUCCCUCCCUUUCCUCGUCACUUCCUCUUUUUCCUCCCUCCUCCUACUUUCUUUAUGACCUUUCUUUCCUCCUCCUCCUCCUCCUCCUCCUCCUCCUCACCCCACACCCUCCACAAGCUCUUCACUCCCACCAAUUGUGUACUGUAUGUUGUUUUGUUUGUAAAGUCUAGAAGCCGUGGAGUUGUGGGAGUGUAGUACACCUGCCCGGGUGUACACCAAGGUCACUGUGUGUUUGUGUACGUACAGGUGCCGCCAACAAGUGUACAAAGAGGCGCGGGCCGAGCUGUGCGGUGUGGACGGGCCCGGCCUGUGGCCCCUUCAGGAGGGCCGAGCCCGUAGCAGCCCCCACCCCGAAAACAGCAGCGCCGCCCGUGUAAGCGUCCUAGGUGUGUAACAACCGUGACGUCAUUCAUGUUGUUUGUACCUUAGCCUACACAAGUGUCGUAGACACAAACAGUAUGUUUUCUCUUGAAUAAAUGAUCUCAAAAAACUCUGUUGUAAA